AUGUCAUAUUUGACUUGGUCACACUGUUCAAAGCAAAUGUCACUUGCAUUUAAAGUUAACAUGAUUGGAUAUGAGGAUAUCUUAACCCGUGCUGUUCAGCAUAUGUUGACCGAAAAGAAUGUCCGAGUGGACGAUGAGCGACUGCUUAAGAGGCUCGUGAUGACGCUGCAUAUGAAAGUGCAAGAGAUUGGCAAGUGCAUCAGCGUGUCGUCUUGCCAUGCUGGCAGAUCCACGACAUGUUAUUUCGAUGUCGAGCGCACUUUUCGAGUGAUGGGCAUUCGGGUGACAGAUUUAAAGGCGAUUCGCAAUGCGUCCUUAAAAGGACACGUCACCAAACCCAAAACCGCAACAAGGCAGCCAACGAAUGAGGUUUCUUUGGGGUCUCAGCGAGAUAUACACGAUGUUGGCAUACUUGAUGGUGGCAACCAUGGCGGUCGCCAUAUACCCCGAUUUCUGCCGCCAUUUCCCGGCCUGCACACGUACCAGACCACACGGGAGGAGCAGGUGAUGAACAGGGACUACAUGGAUGAGCGAACGCGUUUGGCGAAACUUAAGCGCAAGGCGCAGAAGGCGACGAAUGCCUUCUAUCAGCGCACGAUGCCAACUUUAUCGUUAUUUAAGACACGUCAACGGAACGAAAGAUUUAAAGUGUUGAAAGUGAUGAAACCCAAUCAAUUGCCCUGCUUCGACGCCCUGAUGCCGCCGAAUGAGAUUCUUGAUUUGAGAAUCUAUGAUUCGAGUCUCUAUGAUUCGUCGGAGCAACCAAUUAAGAAGGGACGAAUGAAUCCUUAUCUAAGAGAACCAAUAAUAAUGCGUGUUGAGUCAGAUGAUGAGGAAUAUGAGGUGGUGGAUGAAGAGUGGGAUGUAGUAGGUGAGGAAGAAGUGGAGGAAGGCGAGGAAGAAGGUGAGGAAGAAAUUGAAGUAGAAGAGGAAGAAGAAGAAGAGGAAGAAGUUGAAGAAGAAGGGGAAGAGGAAGAAGUUGAAGAAGGGGAGGUAGAUGAAGAAGGAGGUGAAGAAAGUGAAGACGAAGGGGAAGAUGGAGAGGAUAAAGAAGAGAAAGAAGGUGAAGAAGGGGUAGUAGAAAAAGAAGGAGAGGAAGAAGGUAAAGAAGGGGCAGAAGAAGAGGAAGCAGGUGAAGUAGGCGAGGUAGACGGAGAAGUAGAGGAAGAAGGUGAAGAAGAAGAAGAAGAGGAAGAAGAAGAGGAAGACCCUUCUUCCUCUGAAGAAGAGGAAGACCCUUCUUCCUCUGAAGAAGAGGAAGACCCUUCUUCCUCUGAAGAAGAGGAAGAGCCUUCUUCCUCUGAAGAAGAGGAAGAAAAAGAGGAAGAAGAAGAGGAAGAAGAAGGAGAGGAAGAAGGUGAAGAAGCAGAGGUAAAUGGAGAGGAUGAAGAAGAGAAAGGAGGAGAGGUAAAUGGAGAGGAUGAAGAAGAGAAAGGAGGACAGGAAGAAGGUGAAGAAGGGAGAAUGAAUACUUAG